UGUUGCUUCGCGUCACUUUCCACCGGGAACUGUGUGAGGGGUAGGGGAAACUUUGAAAGUUGGAUGCUGCAGACCCGGUUCUUUUUCUUGUUGCAUCUUAAGGCAUGGGUAGCAAGAAACUAAGACGAGUGGGUUUAUCACAAGAGCUGUGUGACCGUCUGAACAGACAUCACAUAAUUACGUGUCAGGACUUUCUGUGUCUUUCCCCACUGGAGCUUAUGAAGAUGACUGGCCUUAGUUAUCAAGGUGUCCAUGACCUUUUGUGUUUGGUCAGCAGAGCUUGUGCCCCACCGAUGCAAACGGCUUAUGAGAUAAAGACACAGAGGUCGGCUGUGCCCUCACCAGCUUUUUUAUCUACGACUCUCUCUGCUUUGGAUGAAGCCCUGCAUGGUGGUGUAGCUUGUGGAUCCCUCACUGAGAGGUGGCUCAGCUGGGCCGUUUUGGGGAGGGAUGUGAGCGGGCAGGUUGGCACUGCUGGUUUACAGGAGGUCGUGAUCCCUCCCCAGCAGCCUCUCUCCACGGGCUGCUUGAGUCUCCUCAUGACACGCCGUCUGGUCCCCAGGAUUACAGGUCCACCAGGUUGUGGGAAAACUCAGUUUUGUAUAAUGAUGAGCAUUUUGGCUACAUUACCUAUUGACAUGGGAGGAUUAGAAGGAGCUGUUGUAUACAUUGACACAGAGUCAGCAUUUAGUGCUGAAAGACUGGUUGAGAUGGCAGAGUCUCGUUUUCCCAGAUAUUUUAGCACUGAAGAAAAAUUACUUUUGACAGUCAGUAAAGUUCAUCUUUAUAGGGAACUCAGCUGUGAUGAAGUUCUACAAAGGAUUGAAUCCUUGGAAGAAGAAAUUAUUUCAAAAGGAGUUAAGCUUGUGAUUAUUGACUCUGUCGCUUCUGUGGUAAGAAAGGAGUUUGAUACACAACUUCAGGGCAACAUGAGAGAAAGGAACAAGUUCUUAGCAAGAGAAGCUGCCUCUUUGAAGUAUUUGGCUGAGGAAUUUUCAAUCCCAGAUUUUGCUGUGUAUCAUUCAUGCCAGGAAAGCUUCCUGUGCAGGAGAGCUGCUGUGAGAUGUUGGCAUGAGCGAGCGAGAUGGAGAGAGGAGAGGAGAGGAGUGACCCAAUUCUUGCCUUAGUUAAAACCCAGGCAUCUGGAGAACUCUGCCUGACUCCAGAGCUACAUAUGUGUGUGUGUGAACUUUGGGGAAAAAGGGCAACACUAACGUGAACAGUGUCCAUCAGACCUUCCUUUAAAGCGCUUGGAGAACUUGGAGCAUUGUGCCUUGUUCAGCUUCUAGUAUUUUUAUGCUCUAAUUCUUGGAAACUGAUUACUUAAGGCAGUGUCAGAAAGUCAAAAUAGGGACUUGUUGUUAUCAAAUGACUAGUAGAAUCUUGGAAAACUCAACUUUCUUAUCCUUUGUUAUCUCAGAUCAACUGCAAUAGCAGAAUAAGAUUUGCAGUUCUAAUAAAUUGUUCUAAAUCCUGUAAAUCUCAAAGUACACUAUUAUUACAUUUAAAUAAUAACAUUCAGACUGUAUGAGAUAUUUAGGGCCUUUGUAGAGAGUAUUCAGUAAUUUAAGAAAAAUCUUUGAGAACUAUGUCUAGAUACUCAUGUUGCAACAGAACAAAGGGUGGGGGAAAAAAUGUAAUUGUAAUGUAUACAUGUAAGGAUAACCUGACCCCCUUGCUGUACAGUGGGAAAAUAAAAAUAAAAAUAAAUAAAUAAAUAAAUAAAUGGAGUCAUAUAAUAUGUAAAAAAAAAAAAAAGAAAAAAGAAAAAUCUGUUUUGAGUCAAUAGGAAAAUAAUAUACGUUUGUAAAUGUGAGAUGCUAUUUUUGUUUUGUACUUGAGAUUUGUAGACGUGCUCUAAUUUUUUACAGAAAGUUUAUGAUUGUUUAAAAAAUUUACAGAGAUAAGAGAUAAUGUUUUCACAGUGUGGGUCUACACAAUUUUAUGUUGCAUAAAAAAGAAGUGGAUUGUCUCUUCCUGCUACCACAGAAUGUGGUGUAGUAAUAUCUUCAGACUCUCCAGGGUCUGUACUCUGGAGUAGGAUUGCAGGGUCAUCUAGAGUAUCAACUAUAUGGAGUUCCCGUCCUGGCUCAGCAGUAAUGAACCUGACUAGUGUCCUUGAGGAUGCAGGUUUGAUCCCUGGCCUUGCUUAGUGGGUGAAGAUCCAGUGUUGCCGUGAGCUGUGUAGGUCACAGACAUUGCUUGGAUCUUGUGAGGCUGUGGCUGUGGCUGGCUGCAGCUCUGAUUCAACCCAAAAGACUAUCAACUAUAAUAGAAAGAAAAUAUACAUUCUGAACAUCACUAAGCACUGGCAGAUUGCUUCCUGGAAAGGCUACACCAGUCUUCAUCCACCAACAGUAGAUGAAUGCUCCUGCUUCCCCACAUCCUUGCCAGGAUUUGCUGUGUUUAGACUUUCUUGGUUUUCCAAACCGAUGGGUGUAAAGUGAUGUUUCACUUUAAUUUACAUUUCUCUGAUUACCAAUAAAGCUGAGCAUCUCUUUAUAUACUACUUAUUUGGCUUUUUACUAUCAUGGCUUGCUUUAAACUUUCAUGUCGAUGGAGACCUUAAUUUUGAGCUUUUCAAACACCCCCAAAAAUUAUAUAUAUUUUAACUUUACAGUUUAUACUUUUAGGAUCCGGGGUUACUCUCUGACAUUUUUUUUGUUGUUGUUGUUAUUCACAUUUAAUUUAUUAUUUUUUUAAUUGAACUAUUGAUUUACAGUGUUGUGUUAGUUUCUGGUGUAUAGCAAAAUGAUUCAGUUAUAUAAAUGCUCUUUUUCAUAUUCUUUUACAAUAUAGUGCAUGACAAGAUACUGAAGGUAGUUCGCUGUGCAAUAUAGUAGGACCUUAUUGUUUAUCUAUUUUAGAUAUAGUAGUGUGUAUCUCCUAAUCCCAUACUCUUAAUCUACCCCUCCUCCUCCUUCCCUAUGGUAACCAUGUGUUUUCUAUGUCUAUUUCUGUUUUGUAAAUAAGAUCAUUUGCAUUCUAUUUUAGAUUGUACACGUAAGUGGUAUCAUGUGAUAUUUUCCUUUGUCUGACUUACUUCACUUAGUAUGAUAAUCUCUGGGUCCAUUCAUUUGCUGCAAAUGGCAUUGUUUCAUUCUUUUUUAUGGCUGAAUAGUAUUCCAGUGUGUGUGUGUGUGUGACACACACACGUAUACCACAUCUUCUUUAUCCAUUCAUCUGUCAGUGGUCAUUUAGGCUGCUUUCAUAUCUUUAAUCUCAUUUACAUUUUUUUGGCCGCACCCAAGGCAUGAAGCGCUUCCCAGGCUUUGGACUGAAUCUGUGCCACAGCAGUGACUUGAGCCACAGCAGUGAAAAUCCCAGAUCCUUAAUCUGCUGAGCCACAUAAAAGCUCCCAAGCCACAUUUACUUUUAAGCUUUAAUUCAUCUAGAGGUCAUUUUUGGAUAUAGCAGCAUCGUUUCAGAUAGAAGAUUCAUACUUCAGAAUAUAACAGUUUGGUAUAAACUAAAGGGCCAUACUGCAUCAUGGAUGCAGUUUGAAAAGGGGAUUCAGUGAAAAACAAAAGAAGACUGUGGAUACAUAGUACAUUACCACUUAUGAAAAAUUUUAAGCAUAUAUAUACACAGGGAAAUAUUUUAUAUUUUCAAAUAAACAAUCCAUAUCCAAAGACACCAGAUAAUUAAGUGUAAGAGUUGGAGAGAAUUGGGAUUGGAGAUAAAGGGAAAAAAAAAACAAUACAUGAAAAUAAACCAAGAGAGGGGCUUUGCAUAAACCAAUAGAAGUAGUAUAUUCUGGAUUGAGAAGUGCGGUUUGGGGAUAGGGUGAAUGUAAUUUAGGAGAGGUGACCAGAAAAUCAGAUAGGUGACUAGCCAAAAAGUGUUAAUUGAAGAAAAAGAAAAAGAAAAAUAUCUUAAGUGUUAUGAUUCAUAAGUAAGAUGCCUGUAAGGAAGAAAAAUGCUCUUAACUACAUCUGGUCAUGGUCCUUUUUUUUUUUUUUGCUUUUAAAGCUUGUGUGGGAGAAACAGGAAUUUCUUUUUUUUUCCCCUUAGGUGAAGAUAUCUGUAAAAAAGAAAGCAGAUGUUUCUUUUCAAGUGCAUGUAUACACCUGUCAUAAGACAAAAUGAGUAGUUACUAUUGAGAACAGGCUCUGGUUAUUUUUUAUGUUGCUUGUUAAAUUAAAAUUUUUUUCCUGGCAAGUGUAGGUUUAUAAUUAAGUCGUUUAUCAUAAGUGUUCUUUUGGCUGCAUCUUAAAUUUGAUGACAUGCAGAAGUGAUAUGUGGGUGGUUACUUAGAAAUUAGAUGAAUGAGUUAUUUUAUUGGCCUUUACCAUUUGGUGUGUAGGUUCUUCCUAUUUAUAACAAACACUAAACACCGACUAAUUCAAAAAAGAUCUUGGUCUAGAACUGUGUUCUCGACUUAUUUUCAGCCCACCAUCGCUCUUGACGAAUUUGCUACACUCCCAUUGAUAAAAGUGGUACUUACUUCAUGUCAAAGAUACUGUGUGAGAGGCUGGGGGGAUAUUGCAGGGAACAGUUUGUAUGCAGACAGUUGUAAAGGUAGCAGAUAGAUAUAUAUAUAGUGUUGGGUAGUCUUAAGUAUUAUAAAGAAAAUGAAAAGGGGUACAGAGAUCCUCGAGCAUAGAGUCAAGCAAGGCAUAUCUAGAGAAGAAAUCUUUGAGCAAAGACCAGAAUGGAGAGAGAGGAGCCAUGUGGUGUGAGGGAGGGAUGGUUCCAGGUGGAGGGAAUAACAUUCCUGAGCACCUGUUAGGUUCCAGGCCCUGUUCUCGGGGCUCUGAGUACAGCAGUAACCUCACUGUUAGGCGUCAGCAUUGUUUAUUCUUUAACUGUGCAUACGAUUCUUUUUCAACAUCACAUGUCAUAUCUUUAAUUGCUUGAUUUUCUGAAAUGGAAAAAAAUCCCACUGUGGGAAAGUCCCUUGUUUUCCCCAAUUGCUUAUUACUUCCUGCUCUUUUUCUGGGAGGAGAACCUGUAGAUUUUUAAUCAGGGGCUCCUAACCCGUGGGACACUGAUUGAGGGGACAGAUCCUCAACCUUUCGAUAUUUAAUCAUGGCGCUCCGAGGUGUGUAAGAAUGUCUUGGGUUUUUAAGUCUUUGAGUUGAUAUGAAUUGUGGAUGUACAUAAAAUUCCCUUACUGUAUGGGUACCACAGUUUCCUUUUUCCAGGCCUCCAACCUAGCCCACAACCUUGGGUAAAAUGUUUUUAGACCCUUUUGCCUAAGAGAAGAAGUCACAAUAAAAAAAAAAAAAUUGAAGUAUAGGUGAUAUGUGACAUUAUGUUAGCUUGGGGUGUACAACAUAGUGAUUCAAUAUUUUUAAUAGAUUAUAUUCCAUCUAGAGUCAUUACAAAAUAAUGACCAUAUUUUCCUGUGUUGUGUAAUAUAUCCUUAUUGCUCGUUUAUUUUAGACGUAGUAGUUUGUGUCUCUUAAUCCCAUACCCCAGUCUUGCUCCUCCCCACUUCCCUCUCCCACUGAUAACCACAAGUUUGUUCUCUAUAUCUAAGAAAUCCCAAUUUUGGAUGCUCUUCCUUGCUCUGUCACCUGCUUACUGCUUAAGUUACGUCUGCUCUGUGGCAGUUUCCCAUUUGGAAGCAGGGCACCCUUCCAGUUAGGUUGUAAAAAUAUCUCUGUUUAAAUAAGCCCCCAUGCCCUGGAAGAGUAGAAGCUGCAAAACUUAGCAUCCAAAGAGGAAAAAAAAGAAAGAACAUUCCUAAGAAAGCUGUGUAAAUUUGCAAAUUCGUUGUCCCCUGGUGGCAGCUGACAGGUGGAGUGACAACCCCAACCAAAUAACACUAGGGCCAUUGUGAUAGGAGGGAACUUAAUAUUGUUAUUGUUCCGCUUAGAUGAAAUUUGUCUGAGGCUAUGCCAACUCGUGUAUUGAGAACACCCAAUCGAGCGGAAGAGUUUUUGGUUUCUGCGUUUAGAGCCGCCCAGCAACUGAGGAAAACCGAUUAAAUCUGGAAGGUGGCAGCUCGCUGCACAGGCUUCUCCAGGCACCCUUGAGGAGAAUCAAAGAUAAAUAAAUACCCCUCUUUUAUGAGAAGAGUAUGGGGUGAGAGGGAGUGCCUGGACAGGAGCUAAAAUUUCAAAGGGUUGGGGAAGUUCUCACUGACUUUCUUCCUGAUCACACUCUCGGCUUAUGACCUCGUUCAUGCUCGGAUUAGAGCUGCCCCUUGUAAACAUGUGUGAGUUUGAUAGGCAAGAGAGGAGAUUGAAGUGUAUUUCCAGCAACCUCAGCUGUAGAGGGAAGAGGAUCAAAUACAAAUUUCUUGAUUUAAAAAAAAAAAAAAAAAAGGCUUUCAAAGGUAUUUUCUAAAUCCUAUUGAAUGCUGGUUAGCUUAUGGAAUGUAGAAAAACUCUGGCCUGUUGCACAGAGGUGUACUUUGGAAAGUCUGUCAUUUUUUUCGGGAUAAGUUUUUGAGCUUUCAGGAUGGCCCUUGUUCUGACAUCAGUAAACUACCUGGAGGUCAGGUGCUCCUCAGCUCCUCUAUUUACUGGGCUUGGACCCUGGUCCCUCUUUCUUUCAUUGUGUGGUUUUUUUUUUUUUUUUUAAUCUUUAAUCAAUAAUUUUGGCUUGAGUUUGACCUACCCCGAAGGGGGUAUAGAUAUUUAUUUGGCUAAAAAUAAUUGAUUAUUUUCGUAGACUUAUAGAGCUUUAGAGAUCAUUCAGCCCACCCCUGCCAUUUUAUAAAGAGGAAACAGAAGCCCUGAGAAGUCAAGUGUCUUGCUUAAGGCUCAUCAGCUUGGGAGUAGCUAUACAGGGACUCUACCCAGAUCCUGACCCCCAGUACUCUUCCCCCCGCCACCCCAUGUCGAUAUAUGUCUUUUAAGCUGCUUAGGUUUCAACAUUACAAUACAGUGAAGAGAACUAUAGCAGUUUAUUGAUUUAGAAAGAAUAAUUAAUGAAAUACUUGAAUUCUUGCAGAAUUCAAACCCUUCUAUUCAAUUUCUUAUUUCCAUCAAACCUUUUAGGAGAGCAACCUGGAAAUAAAUGCGUUUCAUUUGUCAUGUUUUUCUUCCUGCUCUGGAGAGUAUACGGUAAUUAAAAAAAAUAAAACAAAGUAGCACAAAGUUAAAUGAAGAAGAACGAAAUCAAAGGUAUUAAUUAUUAAGUGCCCAUAACAGAGAUUCUAAACUAUGACUCCUUUGAACAUAGUUUUUCUUGCUGUGACUGUUGUUACAAUGUUUUAUGUCUGUCUCCACAACCUCCAGUAUUUUCUCAUUCUCUUUUUCCCAGUGUGCAAAGUUGAUUUAAAAUUUUAGUGUAAAUUGAGGAGGGAGAGCUUUUUGAGAUUUCUUAGAGGAGAGGCUGAAAAGCCAGCAUCCUUGUCCUGACUCUAACAGAGGAGAAGAAAAUACAUUAUUGACAGAUGACUUCAGACAGGGAGCAAACAAAUUUUUAAAAAAGGCAUUAGUAUCAAAUAAUUCCUCAAAAGAAAAAGUGCUUUGUGGGUGAAAAAUGUAAUUAAUUUCUCCUGUAAAGAUGUAGGGAGUGUUUCAGGUUUGAUAUAUUUGGUUCCCUAUCAGAAGCCAUAGUUGGCACUUGUCAGUAUUAGCUGUCAGUAGUUGUCAGUAUUAGUUGUGGCUUGCCUGGCCCAUUCCCCUUCAAGUCUUUGUUUAAGGGAAUGGAACUCACCCAGUGACAAUUUUCAGGAGGGCUGAGGUAACCUCCUUCAGUGUGACAAUAGUACUGUUUAUGCUGGAGACAAAUCCCAGAAACUCAAGGUAACAACAUACACGGAGUGAGAGAGUAUAUCCGGGAGAUUUUUACUUGGCAUUUUUACUGCUAACGAUCUACAGAAGUUUUACGUAUUUAGUGCCAGGUCAGGCUUAAGGGGCAGUUUCUAUUUCUGAUUUUCAAAGGUACAAAGAAUCAGCAGAAAGAUUAUAUAAGAGAUAAUAGAGAAUGGAGAUCCUGGUUUCUAUAAAAAAUCGAAGAUACGUGGGAAGGCAAACAGAUGCUUCUGUUUCAUUGUUGUCAUUUUAAUUAAAAGAACUCAAAAAGCACAGUGUAUUUUUUGUUCUUUGAGCAAGGCCUUUGUUUGCAAAAGUCUCAGAAACCCGCCUCCCUCCCCAAACCUAUGAAUACUCUUGUGACCAAUUUAAGCAAGCAGGUAAACUGAGAAACAAAGCAAUUUUCAAGAGUGCUUAUACUUAGAAGAUAGGUCUAGAGUCACAAGGUGUGACCAAAAUCGAGUUCCAUGUCUUAAAACUCAGUUAUCUAAUCUCCCACUCCAUUGCAUAUUCUGCUAGCAGUCAUUCGGUAAAGUACCUUUCAACACUGCAGUCUUUCUAUAAACAGGGUGGCCUUGGAGCGGGGUUAUCUCUAGACUGUUGACAUCGCGUCUCUGCUCACAUACCAAUUGGGUGAAUAUUGGCCCGCAUGAUUCUUGUAAGUGGAUUACAAGGAAUCUAUGAUAGAUUUCAUUCACUUCUGAUGAAACCAAGAACUUUGCCUCUUGAGCUUCUUAAUGAGAUACUGUUAUUUCUUUAUUACUUGGAGGGGGGAGGGCAGGUAGGGGCUCGUUAGCUUUCUGAAUUCUUAGAGGUUCAGCUAAGAAAAUCAAGUCCAUCAUUUUACUCUGCUUGUGCAGGAGUUCGCUCAAUGCAUAAGGUUUACACUAUAGUUUUACUCGUUUACUUAAGACUACAGAUGUGAAUAGGGCUGUUGAGCCUGCCCAGGAGGCAGAACUGUUGUUUUGGAUGAAACUAAAUGAAAUCCCCCUGAUGGAGUCAAAGGUUGAAACAGUGGGAGAGGCUUUUAAGUUUGUGCCUUCUUCACUUUAAACUUUAAGAACUCCCCCCACCCCCAUUUGAGAAAGAUGUUUAAAAUCUAGCAGGAAAUAGUAAUAACUUGAAAAUUAUGCAAGGAACCAAAUAUUAGAGCUCCUGAGUGCUAAGAGUUAGGAAUGGCUCUGGUGGUUAAAAUGAACUUUGGACAAGUUACCUAAUUAACUCGAGUUUCUGUUUCCUGAACUCUAAAGCAAGGAGAUUGGUAAAUGCUCUUCAAAGUUGCUUCAAGCUCUCUAAUUACUGUGUUUUAGUCAUAUACUGAUAAUAAAAAAAUUUAGAUAUGUGCAUACAUUUGUAAUAAAGACAGUGGUUUAUGUUUGUCAA